UAUUGUGGAAAUCUAACCUUGUCAGUAUAUUUGUUUAUUAAAGUGACAGUUUGUUGUGAUGGAUAAUUUGUUUAAUUAUUUAAAUAAUUUUAAAAAAUAAAUAUGGAUAAAUGUAAUGUGUGUGGAGGUACUGAAUUUUAUACAGAAGCUGGGUUUUAUUUUUGUCAAGAAUGUCAGACUCAACAAGAGGGAAAAAAAGAACAAGAUGUUGAAUUCAAAGUUGACUCAUCGACGCGGUUGAGAAAAACAAGACUUCAAAAGAAAAAAAAAGGACCUGGUGAAAGGUAUAAUGAAAAAUGUUUGACUUCCUGGGAAAAAUAUAAUUAUGUUUUGAUAGGACUGACUAAUGAACUAAUUCAACUUGGUGUAACUCCAGAUAUUAAAUUAACAGUAGCGCAAUUAUGGGCUACUUAUUUAGGAAAACUUGAGGCUGCAUUUACGUCUACUCAGAGAGUGGCCAUUCCUAAACUUCCAAGACGUUAUGAUAAAAAUGACGCGAAUAUCAUUUAUGGCCAAAUUCAUCACAAAAAAAAGAAGAAAAGAACUAAACGUGGUAGCGGAAGUGAAACCAGUGGUUCAACUAUGAUUGAUAGUAAUGUCAGCGAAGGAACUUCUGUCCGAAAUUUACAGAAACAAAAAAGAUUAUUGAUGGAAGCUGAUUACAAAUCCCUGGAUGGUUCGAACACUGAUGGAGAAUCCGGUCUGACUAAUUUGAGUAUGUCCAGCAGAUACUCUGAUAAAAGUAACACACCAAUUAAACCCCCGAGGUUGCAGUUUACUAAAUUAGCAAGAGAGGAAACUAAAAAGGCAGCACUAAAGUCUCAAAGUUUGCCGAAGAAUAAAAAAAAAAAAUUCCGAGCUACUUAUUGUUCCUACUCUUAUAAACGCGGACCCGAUCUUAUUACGCCGAUGAAGCUAUGGGCGAUUCUUUACUGGGCGCUGAGAAUUCAUAAUGAAAAUAUACAUUUGUCAGAUAUGUUGAGGCUUGCGAGAGAUGGCUAUUUAUCUUAUUAUAAAUUAGAUCAUUUCAUACCAGCUGACUGUUCAUUUACUGAGGCUGAAGUAUCUAAAUUAAAUCAAUCACGUGAAGUCACGCAUAAGGGUCUAAGGCAAGUAGUUGCAAGAACUAAAAAAUUUUUACAGGUCUGGAAAUUUCCUGCUCCAAAUCUGCUAACUUUGAUAAAGCAAUACUGCACAGAAUUGCAAUUACCCAAUGGUAUCGCUUUGUACGCAGAACGAAUAUUAGCAGCGUGGCCACCAAAAAUUAAUUUUAAGCUACAUUCUGAUUAUAAGUUUCCCUGCUACGAAGCCAGAGUAAUGGCAAUUAUUAUUGUUACCAUGAAAAUACUAUUUGGCUUAGACGGAGUCACCGAGAACGAAAUGAGCCGAGUUAUAGAAAGAAUUAAUCUGGUUGCUGAAGAGAGAGGAGUACUUGAUUCAAGACUCUUCAGCUUUCGCGAAUGGCAGCGUUACAUUGAGUGUCGACGGUGCAUCCUCGUGAAUGAGCACUUCCCGACCAAGCUGAGGCACGAUCCGCACUCAAUGGGCAACAGCCAUCUCUAUAUAGAUUUUUAUAAUGCGGUUCAGGCAAAAGUAGAACGUGACACGUCAAAUGAAGCUAAACAUCAUUGCUGUCCUAAAGCAUUAUUUAAUAAUAUGAUUGAAAGAGUUGAAGCUCUGACGGAUAAUAUGGUACAGACUAAAAAGUCUAAAGUAUUUACUCCGUCUUUGACACCUCAGCACUCUUAUCUUCAACAACUACUUGCGGAUACUGACAAAUAUUUUCCGAAUAUUCUUACUCAGGAUUUUCCCUCUACCAAAGUCGGCUUUAUAAUGAAACCUGAAUCACUCAAAGAACUUGCGGCGCAGUGCGAUAUCGAGCUCAAUAUCGUUGAGAGCUCAGCACAUUAUGUAAGAAAAGUCGUUCAAGUUUUCGAGCCGCACGUUGCAUCUCAUCUUUACCACAAGAAGGAGACUGGUGAUAACAAUGAACUAACGCGUGUUGUCACUCCUGCUGAUGUAUCAAAAUCAAAAUCUGAUGACCCCAGUGAGUAUUUACAUCGCCGUCGUCCGGGUAAAAUAAUAAUAGAGACCAAGAAACAGAGACUUUACAAUAAAAUGAUGAAAUUGUAUCAAGAAAAUAAUUCUAGAAAUUUAGAUAGCGAUGACUUUGGGUUCGAUCAAGUGUACGCGAAUGGAAAAUUAAAAAUUCCUGAUAAUGAGAGCGAGGAAAAUGUCACUGGUAAUGUUAGCAAACUUGAUAAUAUACUUCUGUCAAACUUCGAGAAGCAAACGAUGACGAAUCCAGUUCCAAAUCCUUGGGAAGUUUUGAAAAAGUUUAGGACUUUAGAUCUGAAUUCUUAUAAAUCGGAAAAACCUGGGUGCAAAAAAGGCAAGAGUGCUUCUGAAGAUAAAGAAAAUGCUGCUGAUAAUAGCGAGUCGCGGAAAAAUGAAAAUGAUGCUGGGACAGUUGAUAAUAUUCAAGAAUCAGAAGCAAUCGAAGUAUCUAGAAGUGCUGGAAAUAUUUCCGAAGACAAGGAAAAUAAUGAUGUCAACAAUAGCGAGUCUCAAAAAAAAGAAGAUGAAGUCAAGGUGAUAAAUAUUGAAGAAGUGGAACUUGUGGAAGAAGAAAAAAGUUGUAAAAUUAUAACGGAGACUCUAGAAGAGGAAAAAGAUCUCGCGAUAAUUAACGUCGAGUCAGAGUCUAUGGAAGUUGAUGAAAUAACGAUAAAUGACGAAUCAGACAACAGUACUGACAAAGUAUCCAAGAAUAAAUCGCCAGAGAAAGAGGUAGUAAUUGAAGAUUCAUCAGAUGAUGACGAAGUAUCUAUUUUAGCAGAAAGUAUUGAUUCGAGAUUGAGUGCUAAUCAAAAAGAUUCAUCAGCAAGCGACAAAGAAUUAUUAACUUUAUUUCUUCCUUACAAACAGUACUGGCUGUAUCGUGCUACUGCUUUCGAUCAAGUGGUUGCAAGACACUACCAUUUGCUUGAACGAGACUUCUCGACGAAUUUCCGGUGGCUGCUGCACGAGUGUGCGAAUAUUAUUGAAAUGGUUCCUGAAGAAUUGUACAAAGCGGUCUGGCUGGUAGAGAGCUACUACACGGACGUCCUUGCACCAGAUGAACACAUGGAAAAGUGCAAAGAUUACAACACCGUCUUCUUCCGAUCCUCUAGUAAUCGGACAACGAUAAAAAAACGCUGGGAUAUAUAAAAUAAAAAACUGAUGAUAAUUUUUA